UAAUUGCUAACCUACAAAUCAAUCUUAACCAUCAAACUAUAGAUAGAUCAAAGCUCACAAUGCUUUCACACUUUUAGGCAAAUUAUAUAUAUUCACUUGAACAAUGAACAUGCAACAAUGCAAUGUCCAUAGUCUCCAAGAUGGUUUCAAAACUUUAGGAUUUAAAGAAAAAAAUAUCCUUUUUGUUUGUCAUGCAGUGAUUUUCUGUGAUCACUUGCCAACAAUAGACAUCCAGAUAACCUUCUUCAUGUCAUGAUUCUGCUGUUUCUUUUCCCGCCUUCUGAUCAAACUCGAUCCUCUCUCGCUUUUUUGGCUACCCAUUUGUCAUUUAAGAAUGAUUUAUGAGGUUUGAAUGCUCCUCUGAAGUGGAACAGAAACUACAAAUGGCAAGGAAGAAUUUUAGCUACUCAUCAACAUUGUUAAUUGUUCUUUUGACCGUUGGUUCGUUCUUUGCGACAUAUAAUUUAAUAACAAUGGCAAUUCACAACAAGAUGCUGAAUUCUGGAGGGUUAUCCAAUGAUCCUGAUUUUACGAUGCCUGAUAAUAUGGAAAGAUCAACGGGUACGAAGGCGUUAUUCCAUGUUGCAUUGACAGCUGUAGCUCAUCCUUAUAGCCAAUGGCAAUCUCGAAUUAUGUAUUAUUGGUAUAAAAGAAUGAAAAGUAUGGCUGGAUCUGAGAUGGGAUCAUUCACCAGGAUUCUGCAUUCGGGCCAGCCCGAUAAUCUGAUGGAUGAGAUUCCGACUUUUGUUGUUGACCCGCUUCCAGAUGAUAGAGGGUACAUAGUUUUAAAUAGACCUUGGGCCUUUGUGCAAUGGCUAAAGAGGGCUACUAUUGAAGAGGAAUACAUUAUGAUGGCAGAGCCUGACCACAUAUUUAUAAAUCCGCUCCCGAAUUUGGCCCGUGGGAUAGUUCCUGCCGGAUUCCCAUUUAAUUACAUACUUCCUUCUGAAUACGAAGAAAUAAUCCGAAAAUACUUCCCUAAGGAGAAUGGACCAAUAACUAAUGUUGACUCAAUUGGUAAUUCUCCUGUUAUUAUAAGAAAGGAUCUACUCGAAAAAAUUGCUCCCACAUGGAUGAAUGUUUCUAUAAGAAUGAAGGAUGAUCCCGAAGCUGAUAAAGCUUUUGGAUGGGUGCUAGAAAUGUAUGCAUAUGCUGUGGCCUCUGCUUUGCAUGGCGUAAAACACAUUCUUCGCGAAGAUUUUAUGCUCCAGCCUCCAUGGGACACUGAAACUGGCAAAAGGUUUAUCAUUCAUUACACUUUUGGUUGUGACUACAACAUGAAGGGCGAGUUAACAUAUGGAACAAUUGGCGAAUGGAGAUUCGACAAGAGAUCAUAUUGGAACGUAUCUAUUCCAAGAAAUCUGUCUAUGCCCCCGCCCGGGGUUCCCGAAAGUGUGGUGACUCUUGUAAAGAUGGUGAAUGAAGCUACUGCUAACAUUCCAAAUUGGGAUAUAGAAUAACCAAGGGUAUACAAAAGUGAAAUGAGGAAAUGAAAUACACAAUCUUUAUAAAGUUUAAUUGUUUAGAAUGUAGAAAUGAAAUGAGAGGAACUUUAUUUUUUUAGAAUCAAUUAAAGGUAUUAUUAUCAUUA